UUGAUAAACGACUCACGACUGGGAACAGAAAAUAGGACGCGCCGUUUAGAAAUACAUCUGUGUAGCAUACCGGUUCCCGGCCUAGCACAUGACUGCAGGUGUGUUUGCUCAAAUCUGUCACUGCUUGAGACCGGGUCAGCAGAAAGAACAGGGAGGGAGCUCUCAGGGCGGAGGAAAGAAGCGAGUCUUCUGCGCGUUAACGGUCGCGUUAUUCAAUCAUGUUUAAGCGCUAUUAAAGGCUGAAAAGCGGCGAGAGGCAGUCCACGCGCUUCCAGGCUCUACAAAUGACUCACGUUCUGCAACAAUAAGUGUCGUGUGUACACGGUGGAUUUUUCCGACAUGGGACAUGAGGGUUUACUCUGACAAAAUGUGUUUGUGUGAGAUGAGAAGCUGAAGGAAGUAAUCCAGAGCAGUGAGACAGUAGAGAAGAGCGAGUGUUCAUUACAGAGGAUGCAAGCGUCCUGCAACCAAGCAGCAAGCCGCGCUCCAACAACAGGAUAGCACAGAAGGACCCAGUGAGCCAUGAGGAAACUGGAGGGAGAGGAGAAAUUGCUCCUUACCGUUUUCAUUGGACAGCAAGGCCAGGACCACACACUACUGCAGUUACUGGAGGCUCCAGCUUGGCAGUGAAAACGAAUGUGUGAAAGGCAGUGAGCGUUGUGGCUUCUUCUUCUUCUAAUGGGCAAGUGCCCAGUACAGCUAUGCCAGAGCACAGGCCUGUGCCCCCGACCACAUCUGCUCCUUGCUGAGGCUCCCAGCUGAGUCCUGGAGGGCUAAAGGCGAGUGAGAAAGCCCCAUGCAGGCGCGGAAGAAGUACGUGCUGCUGGGUCUGUGUACGUGUUCCUGGCUGUUGCUCUUUUACUGGGGUGGUCUGCAUGAAAGACUCCUGGGCCUGGUGACACGUCACCGAACCGAACUGCUGCGCCCAUGGCCUGACUGGCUGGACCGAGCCUUUUUGCCAGCGUAUGCCGACCGUGCAGAGCUUCAGACUGAAGAAGGCUCUGGUGAUUCACCCACAGUGCGGCAACAGGCCUGGAACAGCAUCUACAAGGACAGUCAUUGUCGCAUGAAAACAUGCUUCGACUUUAGCCGCUGCCGUGGCCGUGAUGGUUUCCGUGUUUAUGUGUACCCAUCAGAAAAGGGUGACCGAGUUUCAGAGAGCUACCAGAAAAUUCUUGCAUCAGUGGCUGAGUCAAGGUACUAUACUGCGGACCCUCGAGAGGCCUGUCUGUUUGUCUUGGGCAUUGAUACACUGGACCGUGACCAGCUUUCGUCACAGUUUGUGCCCAAUGUUGAUGAGCGCAUUCGUGGCUACCCACUCUGGAAUGACGGGCGCAACCAUGUGGUCUUUAACCUCUAUUCAGGCACAUGGCCCAACUACACAGAGGACCUGGGUUUUAACAUAGGCCAGGCCAUCUUAGCCAAGGCCAGUCUAAACACAGAACACUUCCGACCUGGCUUUGACAUUUCCAUCCCAUUGUUCUCAAAAGAUCAUCCACAGAAAGGUGGCGAGCGUGGGUGGUUACUACGCAAUAAUGUGCCGCCAAAGCGGAAAUAUCUGCUCAUGUUUAAAGGUAAACGCUACCUAACAGGCAUUGGUUCAGACACAAGGAACGCACUACAUCACAUCCACAAUGGCAAGGAUAUCAUCUCUUUAACAACAUGCCGCCAUGGCAAGGACUGGGAGAAGCACAAGGAUGCUCGCUGUGACCAUGACAACCAAGAAUAUGAGAGGUUUGAUUACCAGGAGCUGCUCCACAACUCCACCUUCUGCCUGGUUCCUCGUGGACGACGCUUGGGAUCCUUUCGAUUUCUUGAAUCUUUGCAGGCGGCCUGUGUCCCAGUGUUGCUGAGCAACGGCUGGGAGCUGCCCUUUUCUGAUGUCAUCCAGUGGAACCAGGCUGUCAUCGAGGGAGACGAGAGGUUGCUGCUACAGGUUCCGUCUACAGUGCGUGCAGUGGGCACUGAUCGGGUACUGGCACUGAGGCAACGUACCCAAAUGCUCUGGGAGGCCUACUUCUCUUCAGUGGACAAGAUUGUUCUCACUACCUUAGAGAUCAUCAAGGACAGAGUGUUUGCCCACAUCUCCAGGAAUAAGUUCAUGUGGAAUUCUCUGCCCGGGGGUCUUCUGGUGCUGCCUGAGUAUUCAAUUCACCUGGCCCACUACCCUUUCUACUACCUAUCCCUUGGGAUUAUCCCCGGCCAGGAAUUCACUGCUGUCAUUCAUGCCACAUCUCCCCUGGUUUCUCAGUCCCAGCCAAUUAUGAAGCUUCUCCAGGUGGUGUCCAAGUCAAAGUACUGCUCACAGAUAAUCAUCUUGUGGAACAGCGAGAAGCCACCCCCUCACCGGAGCAAAUGGCCGCCCAUGCCAGUGCCCCUUGUUGUUACAGAUGGCAGACAUAAAACAAGCAGCCGGUUCCUGCCCCAUGCUGCAAUUGAGACUGAAGCAGUGCUCAGCCUGGAUGAAGACACAGUGCUUCUGACUAGUGAGGUCAACUUUGCCUUCCACGUGUGGCGAAGUUUUCCUGAGAGAAUUGUGGGAUAUCCACCCAGGAGUCAUUUCUGGGACCCUGUAAAGAAGAUUUGGGGCUACACCUCUAAAUGGACUAAUGAAUACUCAAUGGUGCUGACUGGGGCAGCCUUCUAUCACAGGUAUUACCAUUAUCUGUUCUCUCAUUAUCUGCCAUCCUCAUUACGGGCACUGGUGGAUCGCACCUCAAACUGUGAGGACAUUCUAAUGAACUUUCUGGUGUCGUCUGUGAUCCACUUGCCACCUAUUAAAGUGGCCCAGAGGAAGCAGUAUAAAGAAAUGCCUAAUCCACAGAGCACCAACAUGGCCCCCUGGACAAACCCUGAGCACUUUACCCAGAGACAGGAGUGUAUAAACUCCUUUGUAAGCUGGUUUGGCUACAUGCCUCUGGUGCACUCUCAACUCCGUCUGGACCCUGUUCUCUUCAAGGAUCACGUAUCUGUCCUACGCAAGAAGUACAAAGACCUUGAGCGUUCCUGAGCCACACAGACCAUUCAUACAAUAAAAGAGAAGGCUCUCUCAGAGUUGUCUCAACCUUCAUUAAAAAUAAAUGGAACCUGCAGAACAAGUCAGAAGUCUAAAUGCCCAGAGUGCCAGGGGUCAAAGAGAGGUGGAGAAAGAAAAAGAACUGAACCCUACCUACUGAGUCUUUGGUUCGGAGUGGAUUAUCAGUUUUGACAGACAGCACAAGAAAGAGUGGGUCCAUAGCAAAGCUUUUAAAAACUCAGGCUGCUGUUUUGUCGAAUAUUUUGACAUUAGCAUGUGGUGAGAUGCUAAUUGUACCAUGGACACAUUUUAGUGCACAAGGUGAUUAACUCAGUACAUGAAACAUUUGUGAAAUGCAAUACUGCCAGUG